AUGAUGAUGAGCUCGACUUUCCUCGAGACCGCCGGCGACGGAGACGCUACGGCGCGUUUUGGACGCAUGUCCGAUGACUGGAUGAACAGCAUCGACACUACCGCCAUGCCCUUCUCUGGCCUGGAUGCUUCGUAUGAGGCUUCUACACAACAGAACCCUCUUCAGUCUCCAGAGACGUCCAGUCUCGAUAACACCGUCUUCCCUUCUCCUCUAACAGACCUUGCCUACCUUGACCGUUCCUUUGGAGACUUCUCCUCCAAUGGCUACGCUAUCCAUCCCGCGACGCCGGGCCAGUUCCCCGUCCAUCCACCCCAUCGCACCUCAUCCGCCUUCUCAGAAGGGUACGACCUCUCCUCCGCCAGUCCCUCCUUGGGCGCUGUAUGGCCCGCUCAUGUCUCCCCGGCAGCAACAUUCCUCCCCACCCCGCCCAUGGCAGAUGAGCUAUCCCCUGUCGAGUCUGAGCCCGAGGAAGAUAACCAGGAUGACGAUGACUACGAUGACGACUCGGAGCCUGCGAGCAAGAAGCGCAAGCGUUCUACAUCGACCAAAACAAGGGCGAAGAAGGACACAAACAAGCGCAACCCUACUCAGCUCCGCACUGCUUCGCGAGCCCCCAAGAAGCGCGGAGCCGCAGCUGCUCAGCCUCGACAUCCCAGCGAGACGACUGAGGAGGUCAAGGCACGAGCUGCCCAUAACCAGGUCGAGCAGCAAUACCGCAAGCGCCUCAACACUCACUUUGAGCGUCUGCUUGCCGUGCUCCCUGCCCCAGGCACAGAAGGCGGCAUCGCAAAUGACCGCCGCGUGAGCAAAGCCGAGGUGCUCGACCUAGCGCGCGAAAGAAUCCGCGCGCUGGAGAAGCAGACGGCGAGGUUAGAAAGAGAGCGACGAGAGCUUCGAGGAAGAAUCGCUCCCGAUGGUAGAAGGUGUCUGGUUUAG